CUCACAAGUUGAUCGAGUCAUUUAUUGUUCACUGAAGAAUGCUCAGAGUUUCCUAUAGUACGUAAAUAAACAUUACUAAAUUCGGUUGUAAAAGUCAGAGAAGAAACGGCAGCAUUCGAGGGGAGCGAACUCUAUUCGAAAUGGGGCUGUCGGGAUCGUUGGCGCUGUCACUGGCAGAACUGGACAUUGCGAAGGUGCUCAUGUGCGGGCAAAGCUUUCGAUGGAGAGUGGAGGGAGACGAGCAUUUGGGUGUGUUUGCUGGUCGUCUCUGGGGACUGAAACAAACCCCCACGCACCUCCACUACCGUGUUUUGCUCCCCAAAAGUGGCGAUGGUGAGGACGAUGAUGUCGAGCCAUGUCUCAGGCGCUACUUCCAACUUGACGUCUCGCUCCCUCCCCUCUACGCCACCUGGGCGAAAAAGGAUCCCAAGUUUGCAGGGUUGGGUGACGAGUGGGGCGGAAUUCGAAUUUUGGCUCAAGACCCGAUUGAAACUAUUUUUGCCUUUAUCUGCUCUUCCAACAACCAUAUUGGUCGAAUCUCCAGCAUGGUUGAGAAGCUGGCAAGAUUUUACGGAGAUGUGAUUGGAGUUUGGGAUGACCGAACAUAUUAUAAUUUUCCUCGAGUGGAAGCUCUUGUCGGUGUGGAGGCGAAACUACGCUCUGAAGCGUUCGGUUAUCGGGCUGGCUACAUUUCAGCCACAGCGCAAAAAAUCGUCGAUUCCGGAGGGGUGUCCUGGGUGGAAGGUUUGAGGGGGAAAGACUAUGAAGAUGCUAGGGCACAGCUGCAGACACUGACCGGCGUGGGUCGAAAGGUAGCAGACUGCAUUUGUUUGAUGAGCUUAGGAUUUCCGGCCACCAUUCCCGUCGACACGCACAUCCAUCAAGUCGCAAAGACCUACUUACCACAUCUCACCAAGGCCAAGACUCUCAACGACAAGGUGUACAGCGAGAUUACGACAUUCUUCAAAGAACUCUACGGCCCCUACGCAGGCUGGGCACACUCGGUUCUGUUUGCAUCCACACUUCGCCACCUCCAGACUGAAAAGAACAAUAAGACUGACCUCGAGAAGAAGAAGACGCCGGCGACAAAGAAGCCAUCUCCUGAAUCUCAUCAAGAAACGACGGACACGCAACUUCAAGCACCUCAAAAGAAACGAAACAGAACAAAAAGGUAAUAAGUACAGCAAUGUCGUAGACUGAAAUAUAUAAUACUCGCAUUUACCGAGCUGAUGGAAUGGUGGGGAGUAAAAAUAAAAGUGUACACGAUGAAUGAAAUUACUUCUGUGAUGCAAUAAACGUGAUAAAAGUGAA